AUUUUAUAAACCAUAAAUUUAGAUUUUAAUUAUAAUAUAAAAAUAAUAAUGAUAUAAUCAUAUAAUGAUAUAAUGAUCGAAUAAAAAGCCGUUUAUGAUAUUUCAAGAAUUAUUUCUUAAUAUAUAUCUUCAGUUUAACUAAUUUAAAGUGUAUUGAAAUCGUUCAUUUGCCAUUAGGAACGUUUGCUCAUUAAGGUUACUCAACGUUAAUACGUUCGUAUUUCUCGUUCUUCUUCCUCAUUCUAGAGUGUAUUCUUGUUCGUUCAUUAGACUCGUCUUAACUCUCGUUAGUUUUGUUCAGAGAAGUUCUGAAGGAAACCCAGAGGUCUGAAAGUUACUAAAUAGGUACAUUUCAAAGCCCCUGGACAAAUUCGUGCAUGGUGUUGUUCCUUUCGAAAAUUUUGCGACGAAGUUGGAGAGCUGAACAUCUUAGGAAAUAGAGAAAAAGAUCAAAAGAGAGAGAGAGAGAGAGAGAGAGAGAGAGGGAGAGAGAAAGAGAGAUAGAAUGAGAAAGACAAUUUUGCAAUAAGACAUAGGUAGAGACCGAGAGCCGAAGAGAUAACUCGUCGAACGAAUGGUUUAUCGGUUUUCAAUUUAGCCAGCCACACUUCAACGCUAUCCUUCGCGACGCGGUAUGAUUAUCUGGUGUGUAUGUGUUCCUAAGCAUAUAUCUAAACGUGUGUAUGUGUGUGUGUGUGUACACAAUAAACGCACACACACAUAUAUACACAUAGAGACACACGCAAUAGAAAAUUAACACUCAAUUUUUGUGAGGCACUUUUUAUCUUUCUUUAAAUGUUCAAUGUAGUGUUCAUGAAUUAUUACUCCAACGUAAAUUCGCUUGAAAGUUAUAAGAUGGACAAAAAAUUAUUAUACUAUUUGUUCGAUAUAUAUAUAUAUUCAAUUAUAAAACUAAUAAAUAUAUUGAAGGGAUGUAUAGGAUAAUGCAGAAUAUAUCGUUUCAAUUAAACUAUGAUUCUUAAAAUUAUUAAUAUAUUAAUAAAAUGUAAAACAGUUUUAAAAUAACAAUUACGAAUCACGAACAUAAAGUUUUUGAUGACGAAGAUAAAAUUUUAGGAACACAUUCUUUUUUCUUUUUUUAUUAUCAUUAUUAUUAAUCAUUUUUUGUAUUUCUUUGAACUGAUUAAAAUGGGAUAUCUUUUAUAGACUUUAUUUGUCAACAAUAAUCAAUAUCGAUUUUUUAAAUUAUUUGUUCAACUAUUUUCUUAAUCAAGGUUAAAUACGCGCGCUAAAAUAAUUCAACAUUUUCGGUUAAAGUUAAUAUUUUAUCAAUUUUCUAUAUUUCAUCAUAGAAAUUAUUUUACGAACUUUCUUCUUUUCUUUUUUUUAUUCUGUCUUUUUUCUUUUUUUUUUUUUUUUAUUUUGUCCAUUUUACUAUUAAUUGAUCUGAAUAAAUCUCACAUAUUAUAUUUAACUCAAUUCGAUUUUACUCUCUCUCUCUCUCUCUCUCUCUCUCUCUCUCUCUCUCUCUCUCUCUCUCUCUCUCUCUCUCUCUCUCUCUCUCUCUCUCUCUCUCUCUCUCUUUCGAAUCGACAUUCGAAAGAGUCGCACAGUUUUCGGCAUUUUUUCUUCACGAUCGGAUCCACAAAUCGACGCACGUCGCGAACGGGGGUACAUUGGUUCGAACGUCGCACAGUAAAUUAUUUUUUGCUUCGUUAUCUUGUCAUUUUUGUCCUUUUCUCUCUCUCUCUUUCUCUCUCUCUCUCUCUCUCUCUUUCUCUUUCUCCUUCUCUUUCUCUCUGUUUGGUGGUAGUCGCGAUACCACAAUCCCUAAAAUAUUUAUGCGCAUAGAUAUCGCUAUCAUGUGCGUUGGAUCGUACGUUCAAUACGAUAGAACACACCGAAUCGAUAAUAUCACGUUCGUUCGAACGUCUAGCAACGUGACGUGUCAAGCUCGGAAAUAUACAUAAAUAGUAUGUGUACAAAACCAGUACAAACAAAACCAGUGUUGUUUCAAAGUCAGAAGGAACGUAAAAUUCUCAGAAGUAUCUCUUCGACUGUCAGCUAUUAUUACGUCUAAAUGCGAUCAAAGAUAUAAACUAAAAAAAAAAAAAAAAAAAAAAAAAAAAAAAGAAGAAGAAAAAAGAAAAAGAAAAAGAAAAAGUUAAAGAUACCAAAAUAAUACAAAAGAGAAAAAAAAGAUAAAUGACAUUCAGUGCCGAUAAGAAUGUAUCGUGAGUACGAGAGAUAAUAGUGUAAUAAAAAUUUUGGUGUCGGUGUAAAAAUAGAGUUAAGUAAAAAUUCAUUGGCUCGUGCGUAUCAAGUAGCAUGUGCUGUGUUUUCGUCAACCAUUUCUUUUUGUAUUGUUUUUAAUAAAAUCGUUAUCUUUAACGUGGCUGGGAUCGUGAACUCUGUUAUCGAUCCGCUUAGCGGAACGAACGCGAAUUGUCAAGCGAUAAAUGAAUGUUGUUACGCCGGCUAGUCGUGAUCGUGACGGUGAAGAAGAAGAAGAAGAAGAAGAAGAAGAAAAUCAAGAAGAAGAAAAAGAAGAGAAAGUCAAGGCACGUUAACAUCACUCGAUUUAAAUUCAUAAAUGUGCGAGAGGAGGAGCCCACAAUGGUGGCUCGAGUCCCGCAACAAGUUCUACUGCUACUCGUACUCGGAACAUUGCGAAGGACAAACGAUGACGAUGACGAUGAAGACGAAGACGAAGACGUCGACAUGUAAGUUGCCGGAGCAUCCGCAGAGUCGACGCAGGGGAGAAAAGAUUCCAUUCUUUACGUUCACGGACGAAGUAGAUCUACAAGUAGAUCGUCACGUUCCAUCUUAUCAUCAUCUUCAUCGAUGUCCUCGUCCUCGAUGUCGAUUUCGUCAUCCUCUGAAAGAACUCUCCAUAGAAUUUUUAAAACGACACCCUGGAGCAACGACGAUAGCACACAAACAUUCGGAUUGGCUCAUAGAUCUUCGAGGAUAAUGUUAGAGGAAAACUCGGAAAAGACGCAAACGACAAUCCAAAAUUACCUUUCGAAUGAAUCGACCUCUUUUUCGUCUUUGAGAAAUCAUCCUGAAUAUUCUGUUACCGAAUCUUCCAAAAAUUUCGACAUUUCUAGAAUAUCGAUAAAAGAAACAUCAAAAAUUUCGAGAAACGUGCCGGUCUUUUCUACGAUUGCCGACAUAGUCCCAACUACGGAGAGUCGAGGAAUAUCAACAGAAAUAUUCUCUAGGACGACAACCACGUCGAUGCUAUUAUCAUCGUCAAGGGAUGACAUAUUUCGACGUCGUCAAAUGAGACACGCCGCAGACAAAUGCGAGAAAUUUCUAAUCGGCGACGAAGCUAAGAGAGAAUUCUACAGUCCGAAUUAUCCGAAUCCUUAUCCGAAUCAUACGGAAUGUGUCAGAGUUCUUGAGGCUGACAAGGGUAUGUUGCUGAAGCUGGACUUUCGGGACGAAUUCAAGCUUGAGGAGAGUUCCGAGUGUCGUUUCGAUUCUCUCGAGGUCCGUGACGGCAAGCACGGAUAUUCGAACCUCCUAGGAAAGUUCUGCGGCUCGAAUUUCCCGCCUGAGAUCACUUCGAAGACGAGAUACCUCUGGCUACGUUUCCACAGCGACGAGAAUAUCGAGGGCAAGGGAUUCAAGGCCGUCUGGAGUAUGAUACCCAGACCAACUUAUCCCGGAAUCCCACCAGAGAUAGAACCGUGCUUAGUUAACGUGACCGGUGACGAAGCUAUUAUCAGCCAUAAUGAUGUAGAGGACAAAAAAAAAUUAGCCGAGAAGGAGGGCAUACCUUUGGACUGUAUGUGGGUGAUAAAAGUUAAGGAAGGAUGGAAGAUACAACUGGCAUUCCCAGACUCGACUCAUUUCAAGUUGCAGAGGCCAAACGAGUGCGAAGCCAAUUUCCUCGACGUUUUCGAAGAGAAAACAGAUCUCCCUUCACGAUUGAAAAAUUUUUGCGGUAGCAUCGCCGAUACGGUCAUAGUGAAAUCGAACUUAGCAUAUGUCCGUUAUUACGCCGAGCCUAAAGCUCUAAACAGCACCUUUGAAGGCGUAAUGACUGCUAUCAGGGACAAAGAAGCCGGCGAGUCAACAUGCAGAACCGGAGAGUACGACUGCGAGGACGCGACCUGCAUCGCCUCUAUAUUACAGUGCAACGGAAGGAUCAACUGCCGCUUCCGGUGGGACGAAGACGAGUCGACAUGCGACCAAAAGAAAUCGAGUAUCAUCGAUUCUCAGCACAUCGUCAUUAUUCUUGUUGUUUUCUCCCUCAUCGUUUUUGGCAUGAGCUUCGCGUUCUUCUUCAAUUGCGUGCGGAAGCUUAUUCGUGAUCAUCGAAUCAUUCAGGAACAUAUAAGACAGUCUAGAGAGAAUCGAUUGGAUGAACUAGGUCGUAAAUCUACACCGAGGCCUCUUUCAACUUCGAGAACGGACAUCAGAGAUCGGAGUAGCGAGUCACCUAGCUUGGAAGUGGUACCGAGCAAAGAACUUUUACCACCAAGCACAGUGAUAGCAGAAGAAUACACGGUAGCUUAUAACAAUAAAAUCACUUACAACGGACGAGACAUGAACGACAUACAUCAGAGUAAUAACGUAAGCAACGCGACCCAAGAAAGACUGCAAGAGUCAAAUGACGAGCCAGAAAUGCGAGAUAAUUCGUGUCAGACUAGGGAGAGUCUAUUCGAGCCACGAUUAUCGGACACCGUAGUACCUCCAGCGUUCACGACUUUCGGAUUCCGGGGCUCGCAAAAUGGGACCAAUUAUCAUCGUCAUCAUCAUCAUCAUCAUCACCAUCACCCGCAAAGUCCGCAAAAGUCACACCCAAGUCCACCGCUCUCGCAUCAGAGCUCUCAACAGUCUUCUCAACAGAGCUCGCAUCAGCAGAGUAACUCUCAAUGUUCAGGUUGCAGUCCAGCAUCUAGAGGACGAGAUGGUAGUAUGGGUAUCUGUCCAAAGCACAAUCCAAUUCCAGCACCGCCAGGUUGGUCAACCCAUGAGCUAAGUUAUCCUCCUCAACACCAGUCCGGGCAAUAUCAAGAAGUUACGGACUAUCCUUCCUAUCAGAGGUUCCAAAGUCCAAAACCUGGCGGAGAAGGUGGUAACUAUCAUCAGUCUCCUAAAUUCAUCAGACAGAAUACCGUAGGUUCCGGCGAAAGAUAUGGUAGUUCGAUCUACGGCUCUGGUCAAAAUUCCACACAGAUUUCUGCUCAUGGUUCCAGCAACACAACGUCAAGUACUCAUCACUCGACAUCGUCUAAGUCUCAGCAACAACAGCAGCAACAACAACAACAACAACAACAACAACAACAACAACAACAACAACAACAACCUAGUGACCCCAGAUAUAAAGCCGAAGCUAUUAUCGAAAUCGAUCAAAGGAGACCAUUUAGCAUAGAGAGCACAAAAUCAGCCCCAGAUGUUAUAGCGACGCACUGACGCCGGGGCUAUGGGGAUUGGGAACCUUACAGGAGACGCCAUCCCCGUAAAAAUAUAGAUGACACUCAACAAAUUCAACAAGAAACACAUAACGAGCGAGUUAAAGUAACUGUAGCUACUCAAAGUUCGUUAGACGAUGACACGUCGACCAACUCGACGGUGGAACAUACAUCGUCCUCCUGAUCCGUGCAUCAAAAUAUCGUAGUCGAUCCACCUGACUCUUUUAUCGACGAUAAGAACACUUUGAAAAAAUCAUCUCUUAGCAUUUUACCAAUCGAACAUAAAACAUCAUUAUUCAAUGAACUCGCUCUAAUACGAUUGUCUUCGAAAUUAGACGAUUUACCGAUCUUAAAACCACCUGAUAACUUCGGAACACCUGUCUUCAAAUGUAAAACGCCUUCCUUAUCUUGGCAGCAUUGUGGCUGUCCUUCUCAUUCUCAUUUGCCAUCUCGGAGAUCGACGAUCACCUGGAGUGCCUUGAAACGUUGCGGACAGGACGCCUUCUAUCGCACUUGGCCUAAUAGAUCCACUAAAAGGCUACUGCGACCUCAGAAGAGGACCGUCGGUACUCAAAGUUCCUUCGACGGCGUUAAGUCAUCGCUUGGGACACUUCGUUGCGUGUCUAGAUCGAUCGAUAUGACGGCGACUACGAUGGAUCAGGAGAUCGGGGUAUCUAUACCUUUCUAACGAUAGAUUUACGUGUUCUACUCUUCCUCCGAUCAAUUAUUUCUUGAUUUUUUUUUUUUCUUCUUUUUAACUAAUCCUUAUUUAUUUCAUUUUUCUCUCUCUCUCUCUCUCUCUUUUUCUCUCUGUCUCUCUCUGUCUCUCUCUGUCUCUCUCUCUCUCUCUCUCUCUCUCUGUUUCACUUUCUCUUUUUUUCAUUGAGCCUAAACGAGUAAAAAAUCAAAAAUUUUCUCACAUCGUGAUUUUCAGGAAGAGUGAACAAACGAUCCAAAACUGAUAAUAAACUCUCGAAGCAUUUUUAAUAACAAUUGUCUAAAAAGGCCGUACAUAAAAAAAAAAAAACAAGAUAAAUAUUCGCUCUUUCAUUCCUAUCGCCGAGAAAACUUCUUCGACAUUUACGUAAAAAAUUCAAACGAUAUAAAGAUCAUGUCUACAAGUUCUAAUCGGCAGUAAUAUUUUAAACUGUCGUAAUAAUAAAAAGAGUAUGUAAUCAGUAAGAAUCACUGCCUUCGAUUCCUAGAAAAAAUGUAAGGACAUCUUUAUCGCGAACAUUCAUCAAGGAUAAUGAAAAUAGUAGAGAACGGCCUAAAUCGUAUUUGGAAUUCUUUCGUCGCGUAACAUAUCGAGAGUUAUGAGAAUUAUUAUUCGUUUCUCGACGAAUCGCCGAGCACCGUAAUUGCCUAAAGUUCGAAGGGAAAAUUAAUAUAAUAAUAAUAAUAAUAAUAAUAAUAAUAAUAAUAAUAAUAAUAGUAAUAAUA